AUGAUAUGGGAAGGGCUAUUCAUUUAUGUGAUGGUAAUACCUUCUGUUCUUGUGUUCAUCAAUGCUCAAGACACUUCUAUAAUAAAACCAGGAGAAAAUAAUAUAUUACCAGAGAAUGAACUAAACUGCACAGAACCGUCCUUUCAUGAUUUCCCAAAAAUCGAGUUUCCAGGUGGACCCGUAAUUUCUACAUUAAUCACAUUUGUCAUAAUUGUUUAUCUAUUUGCUUUCCUUGCAAGGAUAUGUGAUAGAUAUCUAGUCACAGCUAUUAAAACUAUCUGUUACAAGAUGCACCUCAGCUCUGACGUAGCAGGUGCAACACUGAUGGCUGCAGCUUUAUCCUCUCCAGAUCUUUUUGUAAAUUUGGUUGGAACAUUCGUUACAGAAGGGGAUAUAGGAAUCGGAACAGUUGUAGGCUGUGGAGUUUUUAAUAGUUUAGCAUUGCCUGCUCUUUGUAUUUUUCUUUCUCCUGCAAAGGUGAUCAGAUUGGACUUUUAUCCUCUUACAAGAGACUGUUUAUUCUACUGCAUAGCAAUUGUGUUACUUCAUGUUUCCCUAAAUGAUGGUCGUAUUGAAUGGUAUGAAGCACUUGUUCUUCUCUGUGUUUAUGUUCUUUACCUCCUUGUGAUGUCAUUCAAUAGUUGGUUUAGACAAAAAUGUGAAGCUUUGAUUGAAAGGUUGAGAAAAAAAGAAGAACCUUCUGAAAAUUCCUGGCCUCUUCUAAGAAAAAAUUAUUCCACAAUAUCGUAUGGUAUAGAGGAAGAUUUAAUUUCAUUGGAUCAAAUACAAAAUAUUGAUAUUAUGCAAACACCUUGGAAAAAACGUACACUUCCUAUGUGGCUGGUAACUUUACCUAUAGACACUUUACUUUAUCUGACCAUUCCACGACCAAGAAGUGGAGGGGCGGAAUCUAAACUAUACAUUGUCACAUUUCUCAUAUCUGUAGCAUGGAUAGGAGUAAUCUGUUAUCUUAUAUCUUGGAUGAUAACUGUUACAGGUUUUGUUCUGAGGAUUCCUGAUUCUUUGCUAGGGUUAACAUUUAUUGCCAUUGGAAUGAGCAUACCAGAAGGUGUUUCAAGUAUUAUAGUAGCUAAACAAGGUCAUGGUUCAAUGGCAUUAUCAAAUUCGAUGGGAGCUAAUAAUUUUGAUGUACUGAUUUGCUUGGGACUGCCAUGGCUUUUGAAAGCAACGUAUGAUUCAUCAGAACCUGGCCACUAUCUAAUUAUCAAUUCCCAUAGUUUAUCGAUAUCAGUACUUUUUCUAUUAUCAGCGCUAUUUAUUUUAUACUUCAGCUUAACUUUUAACAAGUUCAGAUUAGACAAGACAGUAAGUAAAUGUUAACAUAUCUUUCUUAUUAAAAAUAAAAUACGAUUUCAUGGAAUAAAACGAUCUAUUAGUAAAAAAGAUAUUUUGAUGUAUGAUAAAAUUACCAUAUGGAGAACAAUAUAUAGGAUAAUACUUUAAAAUAAGAUGGUCUAUCAAAGAAUUAGAAGUUGUCGUAACUGAGAGCUCAUUAUAACCAGUUCUUUUAGGUCAAAUAUUCAGGUUUAUGGGCAUUGAUAAAACAUGAAUAUGAAUUACAGUUGAUCUGGGUAGGUAGGUGCUUGGAGUUAUGAGAAUGGCUAUUAUAAAGCGGCAUCUUUCAUUAAAGUUAGAUAAGGUAGGUUUUUCUGGCGAAUUUAUAAUUUUUAUUAUCCCAAUUGUAGUGUUCUAAAGACUGUUGAGCAUGUGGUCACAGACUGCACUGCCUUAAACUGAUUAAGAGCUGCGUUGAUGAGAACCACGGAAAUUUAUGUGCUCACCGGGAAGAAAUUUCCUUGGUUGAUGAGUGAGGAAAACUUCCCGUGGUUAAAAAACCUCAUAAAUGGCUGGAAGAGGGCAGUGGGAGCAGCUCACUUCAAUCUAGAGGCCGGGAGAACGAGAAGAGGAACAGCGCCAGGAAGACCUCCGGAUUUAUAUAAUUUAUUUGUGUACACAGCCAUUAAUUUUGUAUGCUGUUAUCAUUACAGUAGUGUGAUAUUAUGCAAUGUUAUAAUGCUUAACAUCACAAUACUGCAUACAUCCAUAUUGCCAUAGCGGAAUGGGAGGAUAGAAAUAAAUAAAUAAUUUAUAAUUUUCAUAAAAUUAAAAAGCAAUAAAUUACUUAUUGGGUAAUCAUGAAAAUCUUGGUAUUACAACAGAAAUCCAGGAAAUAAAAGGGCAGAUGGGCUGGUAGAAAGGACACAUGAUUACUUAAGGGGGAGGUUCUAUAGAUACAAGGAAACAUUUACUUUAUCAGGACAUCCCAAAGAAAUGGUCAAUAUAGUUAAAGGAUAUGACUUGUGAAGAAUAGACAUGGCUUCAAUAAGAGGUCUGUAAACAGGAUUAAUUAACAUUACUUUUAUCUAAAAUUAGCUGAAUCAUUAAACUGUAGUCUUGGGAUAAAAUCGCAACCACAAUUAUGUCACUGUAAAGCUUUGACAUACCACAGUUCCUCCAUUUUGGGGACAACUGUAAUGUAGAUUGUCAAUAAACUUAUAAACCAAUUUAUACUAUACAGGAAUAGAAAACAAAUCCUUAUUUUGGUAGCUCAAAAUUCCUGCUACGACAGUUAUUAAUUGUUUGGAAGGCCUAUUCUUAUUUUAAAUU